AUGCAAGCAAACAUCACAAGUCGUCAAAACGAAUUGAUUGCUGCUCGCAGAGUUCCUGACAAUUGCAUCUUUGUGGGUGGACAGUGCGUAAAGCCGGAAGGAGCCGAUGCAAAUGCAAUUCCUUUAAUAAACCCAGCUACUGAAGAAGUGAUUGGAACAUGCGCAAAUGCUUCUGCUGAAGACGUCAACAAGGCCGUGGAAAACGCUCAUGAGGCAUUUGAGUCUGGCGUCUGGUCGAAGCGUAACGGUAAUGAACGUGGAGCCGUUCUUCGUAAGAUUGGUCAACUUAUGCGUGAAAACCGUGAUUUGCUCGCUGGAUUAGAUGUUUUAAAUUGUGGUAAACCUACCUCUUAUGCCCUUUUUGAUGUAGACUCUUCUGCCGAUUUGCUCGAUUAUUAUGCUGAAAUUGCUGAAAAUGAUGAGGUUACUAGAGUUGUUCCUUUGACAAAUGCUCCUGGUUACGUCGGUAAAGAAAAGCGUUUCCCUCGAGGUGUUGUUGGUGUCAUUACCCCUUGGAACUUCCCAUUGAAGAUGGCCCUUUGGAAAUCCAUUCCUGCCUUGGCAUCCGGUAACACCGUCGUUCUAAAGCCUUCUGAAGUUGCUCCUUGGUCUUGCCUCGAAUUCGCCCUCUUGUGUAAGGAGGGUGGUUUGCCAGAUGGAGUCUUCAACGUUGUCAUUGGUUCCGGUAAGGAUACUGGUGUCGCUCUUAGUCAUCACGACAAGAUUUCCUAUCUCGCAUUCACGGGUUCAUUGUUCACAGGCAAGAAAAUCAUGCAUGCCGCUUCCGACCACGUCAUUCCCGUUACUCUUGAAUUGGGUGGUAAAUCGCCUUUGAUUGUCUGUAAAGACGCCGAUCUUUCUCUUGCCUGUAAGUCUGCUGCUUUUGGUAUUUUCUUCAAUCAAGGUGAAGCUUGCACAGCUGCUUCCCGUCUACUCAUUGAGGAAGAUGUGUAUGAGGAGGUGCUCAAGGGCGUGAUUGAAGAAGCAAAGAAAAUUGUUUCCGGAAACGGUUUGCAGGAGAAUGUUAAUAUGGGUCCUUUAGUAAGCAAGCCCCAGUACGAAAAGGUGCUUCAGUUAAUCCAAACUGGUUUCGACGAAGGUUUGAACUGUGUUUUCGGUGGAUUGCCUAAAGAAACUGGAAAGGGUUACUUUGUUCCUCCCACCAUUUUUACCAAUGCCGAAACUACCAACACUUUAUGGAAAGAAGAAGUUUUUGGCCCCGUAUUGAUUACCAAGACUUUCCGUACAAAAGAAGAAGCUCUUGCCUUGGCCAAUGCUACUGAAUAUGGUCUUGGCUCCGGCGUGUUCUCUACGAAUCGUGAUACCCUCGACUACUUCGCAGACAACAUUGAGGCCGGUAUGUGUUCUCUAAACACCUAUCACUUUUCUAGCCAUGAGCUUCCAUGGAUCGGCUGGAAGCAUUCCGGUUUGGGUAUUGGUUUAGCUACUCAUGGCUAUUAUGAAUAUACUCGUUUGAAGCAAGUUGCUGAGUAUGUUGGUACUGCUUAG